UUCUCACCACCUUUGGACCACGGUUCUUGUAUCCCUGCUGCCUGCCCACCCACCCCUGAGAAGUUCAUGUCCCAAGGGAAAAGUGGGAAUAGCUACCCAUCCUCUACUCCUCCGAAGCCUGGCAGCCAGUUGGACAGCAUGCUUGGGAGCCUUCAAUCUGACUUGAACAAACUUGGGGUAGCGACAGUCGCCAAAGGAGUCUGUGGGGCGUGCAAGAAACCAAUCGCUGGGCAGGUUGUUACAGCGAUGGGGAAGACGUGGCACCCUGAACACUUUGUCUGUACCCAUUGCCAGGAGGAGAUAGGGUCACGGAACUUCUUUGAGCGUGAUGGCCAGCCAUACUGCGAGAAGGACUAUCAUAACCUCUUCUCCCCACGCUGUUACUACUGCAACGGUCCCAUCUUGGAUGUGAGUCUCUGAUCUGUGUGCAUUUAUGUUUACAUAUAUAUUCAUUUAUACCUAGCGUAUCUGUUCAGUGGAGACUCAAAACAGCUUACAGUGUCAUUCUGUCCUCCUCCAUUUUAUGUGCACCACCAUCACCAGUGAGCUAGGUUAAGCUGUAAGAGAGCAAGAUUGAC